GACUCGCCCUUCCAAUCCCAGCCGCACAUCCCUCGAACCGGCGUUUGCGGUUCAAAACCUCAUCUCCCCGCCGUCGUAAAAACGCGGAAGAGGACGACGACCUCAUCACCCAUGGCCACCGGUUCGCUCCUCGAAGCCACCGCUUUGCUCGGAGAACCGCCCAAAUUCCGGCCUCGCCCUCUGAAAUGGAACCCUUUCUUCCACAAAUUCCAAUCCCGAUUGCCUCUUCCUCUUCCCACAAUCGCUAAAUCCAUCAAAGUUUCUGUCCAAUCCGUCCUGAAUCCGGUGGCGGCGCUUCGGCCAUCCGCUGCCGCUGCGCCCUCCUCCCCGGAGGAGAGGAACAAAUUCGCGAGGGCGGUUCUUGAAACCCUAAGAAGGCUGAGGAAAUCGGCGAUCGCCGUCGUCUUUCUAGGGUUCCUCCUGACGGCCGAUCCGCUGGCCGCCCUCGCGGCCUCCGGGGGAAGGAUGGGAGGAAGUGCCUUCUCUUCUUCUUCUUCUCGGUCCCAUUCUUCUUCUUCUUCUCGGUCCCAUACUUCUUCUUCUGUGCAUUCUUAUUCGAGACCCUCAAUCUCUAGCUUCUCAUACUCUGUUCCGUACUACGCUCCCUCUCCGUUCGGAGCAGGAGGAGGUUUAGUUCGGGCCAUCGGGGUGGGCUUCAACUCGGAGGGUGGAUUUAUCCUCCUUAUGCUUGGUUUUGCGGCAGUUAUUUUGCUCGCUGGAAUUAUUUCGGACCAGAGGGAUGGUGGGAGCGUCCUCGCUGACACCCGCAAGACAAGUGUCCUCAAACUUCAGGUUGGCUUAUUGGGCAUGGCACGAUCACUUCAGAAAGAUCUUGAUCGAAUUGCUGAAACUGCAGACACAUCUACUCCAGAGGGGUUGAGCUAUGUGUUGACAGGUAAAGUAAAGCCAGAUCUACAAGGUUUCUCAUUUUAUCAAAUUAUCACAAUUCUAUGAUAUUAAAUAAGAACU